CCUGGCGCAGGUUUCCCCCUAAACGUACAAGUUGGUAGUUGAUUUUUAGUACUUCCUAUGUGGUAAAAUUUACUAAACAAACAACUCAUUAGAUUUGUGAUGACAACCAUAAAGAUAAUUACAAAAAGUGAAUGUAAACUGAAAAAACGUUAAUAAUCUGAAAAUUAAACCAAAAAAGUAUGUAAACGAUGGAAGAUAGCGGUAUUGAUAGUGGUGAUCAUAACGGUGAUAAUUCAACGAAUCAGAAUGGAGAACGAUUUCACGGAAGUGAUACAUCAAGUGCUGAUAGUGCGAGAUCUCCAAUCAGACCUCCACCUGUUCCCAGUACACGACAACUGCAACGUAGAUUAGAAAGCAGAAUAGAACACGCCAAAAGAUUACAUCAAGAAUAUCAUGCAACGCCCGGAUUAAUUCCUAUUCAAAGAUUACCGAUUCCGGGGGCGAAAGAUCAUCAACCUUUAGUGCAAUGGGAUACUGAUGAUAGUGAAGAAGACAUUGUAAAUUUCUUUCCUUUAUCUCGAAAAGAAUCAAGGGUCCACCAUGAAUUGACAGACACUUUUAGCAUAGAAGAAAUGAGCAUAUCCGGUGAUGAAGAUGACGAGGAGGACCUCCAUUUGGUACCACCUCAGACCAUCUAUAGAAAAUUGACUUGUUGUCCGUUUUCGAAAUGCGUUAUUCUUUAAGAGGAAGAGGUGGAUUCAAAUUAUUUAAAAAAAGAUCAUCUAAAUUUCCGAUUAGAUCUUACUAAUUUAAAUUUUUCGUGCUAAUUGUCUUCCUAAUUUCAAAAAGAAAUAUGUUAAUUUAUUAUAACGUAACGGAACAACGUCAUAUUAUGUUUGGUCAAUUAAAUUUCAAAAAGGCCCGUAUUUUUUCAUAUCAAAAUAUUCUCCAUUUUUCUGGAAAAUACCUCAGUGAGAUUCGGCACAGUUAGAUACAGAUUUUAAUACAGAUUUUCCAAUUUUAACUAUUAAAAAUAUUUUAUAAAUAAAUAUAUAAACUACAAAUUAUGCCAAAUUUAUGAUCAUAAUGAUAGGAUUUAUGAUAGAGUGAACGCUUUUAGGUGGCGAAUAUUGUAUUAAAAUAAACUGAAUGCUGUAUGUAUAUUUGCAAGGGCGUUUAAAAAUAUAUAACUGAUUUUCCAACAGGGACAGAUUGUUAGUUUGGAGGCAUUGGGAUAAAAAUAUUCGGGUGUUACGUAAUUAAUAAAACUUUCUUUAAGUGACAUUUUAAAAUUAUACAAGAAAUGAAGGGAAGAUGAUUUUCUGAGAAGGUACAUGAUAGUCUGAUAGUAUGGACGAAAAUUUCAGAUUGCUACUUGAACACAUCAGUUAGUUACGAAUUUUUGAACGUCAUGGAAUGUUAUCGUUUUUCCAAUCAUUUCUGAUAAAGUUAACAAAUUCAUGAAAUAUGAGUUAUUUGAGACACUUUUUGUUCAAUGAACAUUGAGAUAAUGACAAAACAUAAUAUAUCUGAUUGUAAACUUAACUUACCAUCAGCAUUUGCCCGAUUUAAAUCACUUAAUUUAAAACACGAUUUUAAUCAAUGAUAAUUUUCUUUAUUUAAAAAUUAGCAAACCAGGCAACUAAAAACUAAGACAAACAAAAACAAUAU